AUGAAGGUGCAGUUUUUCGUCCUCCUUUUGAUAAUCUCAUGGUUGUCGAAGAAGAUUACUUCUCUACCUCCUGAAUCUCGAGUAUUCGAUCGUCAUAGUUUUCCGGAUAAUUUUGUUUUUGGAACAGCUGCAUCAGCUUUUCAGUACGAAGGUGCAACAAGUGAAGGUGGAAAAUCGCCAAGUAUAUGGGAUUACUUCAGCCACACCUUUCCAGAAAAAACCAAUAUGCAGAACGCAGAUGUAGCGGUCGAUUUUUACCAUCGUUAUAAGGAUGAUAUCAAGUUGAUGAAAGACCUAAAUAUGGACGCUUUCAGAUUUUCAAUUUCGUGGGCUAGAUUAGUACCAAGUGGAAAGGUUAAGGAUGGAGUAAACAAAGAAGGUUUACAAUUCUACAAGGCUCUCCUCGACGAGCUUAUUGCUAAUGGCAUUGAACCGUCGAUAACCCUCUAUCAUUGGGACCAUCCUCAAACUCUUGAGGACGACUAUGGUGGUUUCUUAAGCCCUCAAAUAGUAGAAGAUUUUCGAGAUUUUGCAAGAGUGUGUUUUGAAGAAUUUGGAGACAAAGUUAAGAUGUGGACAACUAUUAACGAACCUUACAUUAUAAUCGCUGCGGGUUACGAUACAGGCAACAAAGCGGUUGGACGAUGCUCGAAAUGGGUGAAUAGUAACUGUCAAUCUGGUGAUUCGGCUAUCGAGCCAUACAUUGCAUCACAUCAUCUUCUUCUUUCUCAUGCUGCAGCUGUACAAGAGUUCCGAAAAUGUAACAAGACUUCACAAGACGGUAUGAUUGGAAUAGUGUUGUCGCCUGUGUGGUUUGAGCCUUACGACUCUACUUCUCCUGCCGAUAACGAGGCUGUUAAACGAGCUUUUACUAUCGAACUAGAUUGGCAUUUAGAUCCAGUUAUUCAUGGAGAUUAUCCAGAAGUACUGAAGAAACAACUCGGAAAUAGAUUACCUUCUUUUACUGUGGAACAAUCCAAAAUGUUAAAAAAUUCAUCGGAUUUUAUUGGAAUCAACUAUUACACUGCGCGCUACAUUGCUCAUAAUCCUCAUGUCGACCCCGAACGACCUCGAUUCAAAACCGAUCAACAACUUGUAUGGACAGUAACAAAUCAUAGUAAUCACAACCUCGGACCAGGGGAAGAUCGAGGUAUACUCCAGUCACACCCACAAGGCUUACGAAAAAUUCUUAACCACAUCAAAGAUAAAUACAAUAACCCUAUAGUCUAUAUAAAAGAGAACGGAAUUAAUGACUACGACGACGGUACAAAAUCACGAGAGGAGAUUCUCCAAGAUACAUUUAGGAUAAGAUACCAUGAGGACCAUCUCCAACAACUCCACAAAGCUAUAAUAGAGGACGGAUGUGACGUCAGAGGGUAUUACACAUGGUCGUUACUAGACAAUUUCGAGUGGGAGCAUGGAUAUUCAACUAGGUUCGGUUUGUACUAUGUCGAUUACGACAACAAUCUCGAACGUUAUCCAAAAGAUUCCGUUAACUGGUUCAAGCAGUUUCUCAAUAGAUUGGUCGUAAAGAGUCAAGAAACAGAGCAAGUAUGGGAUGUGUCACGUGAGGGAGAGUAUAAUAAGACUAUGGAUGAUUCAGAAGGUUUCGAGGCAUCAAUUGGUUCGAUUGUCUAUCUCAUGAUGAACACAACUAGAAGAGAAGACAUAGACAGAGAUCAAUGUGUUUUCGAGAUUCCUUAUAAUCGAUUGGAUUAUAUGUUAGAUUCGCAUAAUUCUUUUGGACUCUAG